AUGAAUACAUUUACAGCUGCGUACGAUGCAAAAGUUCGUCCACUCAUGGACAAAGUCGAUCGAAUUCGGUCAUUGUUAUCAUCAACUGAUGAUGGUAUUAGUUUUCCAAGUGUUGUUGUAGUUGGCGAUCAGUCAAGCGGCAAAUCAACAUUAUUAGAAUCAAUAUCUUUGGUCGAGCUUCCAAAAGGAUCCGGUAUCGUUACUAGAUGUCCAUUAGUAUUAAGACUACGUAAAUCGAAUCAAAGAAAAGUAUAUCGUCUACAUGACGGUAAUAAAAAAGAGUCUCUGGAUGAAAAAACCACCAUGAAUUUAUUAAAAUAUAUUGAAGAAGAAACGAAGAAAAUAGCUGGCAACAAUAAGAAUGUAGUGAAAGAUUUGAUUGAAUUGCAAGUUGAAGAUCCUUCUGUACGUGAUUUAACAGUAAUUGAUCUACCCGGUAUAGCUCGUAAUCCUAUUGGUGAUCAACCAAAAGAUAUUCAUAAACAAACAACAGAUUUAAUUCUGCACUUUAUUCGUCAAGAAGGCACAGUCAUUUUAUGUGUUUUUCCUGCUAAUGUUGAUAUUGCCACAGUUGAGUCAUUCACAUUAGCACGUGAAGUAGAUCCUAAAGGUAUUCGAACGAUUGGUGUUAUAACUAAAUCUGAUCUUGCUCCUAAUCAUGACGUAUUGAUACAACAAUUGUUAAUGGAGAAAUCUGAUGUACUUCAUUUAACAUUAGGUUUUGUUGCUGUUCGUAAUCGUAGUACAGAUGAAAACAUAUCGUUAGAAGAUGCACGCAAACGUGAAAAAGAUUUUUUUCAUCAACAUCCUGCUUCAUCUGCUAUUGGAUGGCAUUGUCUUGGUAUUGAAGCACUUAUCAAUCGUCUAGCUGAUUUAUAUUCUGAUCGUGUCCAAGAAAUCUUUCCAAAAAUGAGACUAGAUAUACAAAACCGUCUGAAAGAUGUUCGUAGAGAAUUAUCAAAAUUUCCACCUGAUUUACAAACAUCUGAAGCUCGUUUAGCAAAAUAUUUUGAACUGGCUGAUUUUUAUGUCGAAAAUAUUUUGAAAGAACGCUUAUCGAAUUCAAAUAAUGAUCAACAUGAGACCAUGAGCAAUAAAUUACAUGAAAAAUUCAUGAAAUUUAAUGAAAUAAUACGCAAAUAUACUCGAGAAAUGUUUUCAGAGGCAUAUCGUUCGAAGGUCAAACGAGCUAUGGAGGCGUAUGCUGGUGAACAAUUACCAAAUUUCCUUCCAUAUCCUGUAUUAAAAAGUUUGAUAAGUGAAAAAAUUGAUCAACUGGCAGAGGCUACCGGUGCUCUUGUUAACGAAUCAUUUUCUAUGACAGAGAAAUUAUUAUUGGAUGCUAACAGCGAAGCAUGUCAAAAAGAUAUUUUAUUAAGAAAACUGAUACCACCUUUUCGUGAUAUUGUUGCUUUAUAUUUGAAUGAAAAAAAACAAACAAUUCAUGAUCAAUUUAACGAAUUGAUUCGAUUAGAAAGACAUAAUCCAUACACAUUGAAUCCUUUAUAUAUAUGCAAACUUGAGCGAUUCAAGAGCGACACAGCCCAUCGACAAUCCAAUGACUUACAGCUAGCAAUUUCACUUGAAAAGGAAGAGAAACUAUAUGAUCCCGAUUAUUCAUCAAUGCUGAUUUCUUUACUGAUCGAAGAAAAAUCACAAAGAAAAAUGCUAACCAGUCUAUAUUCAUAUUGGAAAGCAUUGACCAUACGAUUUACAGAUUAUGCAGCAUUACAUUUACGCGCAGGAUGUGAUUUUGAUGUUUGCCCUGGUGUACGAGAACGCUUAAGACGUGUUCCUAGUGAACAAUGUGACUUUGUUGAUUCAUAUCUUGCUGAAGAUGCAUAUGUUCGUGCUAAAAGACAACAAUUACAAGCAACGAAGGAAAGAUUGGAGAAAGUCAAUGUAAUACUCGGUGGCCACAGUAUAGGAACUAGUGUUUGUCAUGCGGUUAAUGGUUUAAUGUCAACAGUAGACAACUCAUUUAUGACAUUAGAAAUGAUAUCUAAAAGUCUUCCUGAGAUUAAAGAUGAUGAUGAUAAUAAUAAGCCUAAUAUUUCAACUGAUUCUGCAUCAAUGUCGACUACUGUCAAAUUAAAUCAACGUUUAUCAAAAAAAUAG